AUGUUCAAUGAAGAAGGACCGGCAAAAGCGAGUGCGUCGGUCGAUCCGACGGCGACGGAGAUGCAGGAAUCCGCUCGCAACACGCCCUCUCGGCCGGGUACUUCGAUGACCGAGAGGAGCGGCGAGAUCGAUCCUUUCGUGAUCAAACGGAAUGGCCAGCUGUGGCACGAGUCUGUUCCGUACCGGUUUGCUUCUUUCAACGCUCCCGAACUGCUCGACAAUGAUGUCUGGGAGGUCAAGGACACGAUGCGCACUCUCUCUGGUUUCUCCCGACGAGUGACGAGAACGUAUACCCUGCAAGUCAAGAGCUGGCGAGUCUCACGAGGUCACAUCAACGCUUGGAGCGAGACCAGACAGGAUUGGGAGUAUGACGAGGCCCAUUUCGUCAAGAUAGAUCAUGUCCUAGCACUCGCACGGCAGUACCAGGUCAAGCUCAUUAUACCCAUCAUAAACCAAGACUACGGCCAAGAAGGCACCAAUUGGGUCGGCAAUUUCACAGAUCUCAUAAGAUUGCGCACUGGAAAGUCCUAUGAAGAAGUACACGCGUCCAUCGAUUGGUGGACAGACAAGGCCUGUAUCGACAGCUUCAAGAAGAUCAUCACUUAUCUGCUCAACCGCGUCAACACUGUCAACGGCGUCCGAUACGGCGACGACGCUACGAUCCUCGCAUGGGAAACAGGGAACGAGAUGAAUCUCGGCGGCAAGGCGCCCGCGCCCGGAUCAUGGACCGUCACAAUCGCACAACACAUCAAAACACUCGCUCCCCGCUCGCUCGUCAUGGAUGGCUCCUACUCCCGCAACGAUGACAUCAUUAAAUCAUACCCCUCCGAAGUUCUCGGAUCGCCAGACGUCGACAUCCUCUCGUAUCACUAUUAUGGCGCAGGCGAAGCCAAACGAAUCAGGAAAGACAUUGAGCUUGCGAAGAAGCACGACAAAAUCUUUGUGGCGGGCGAGUUUGGCUUCUUCCAUGAUCCGGCAGAGUUUGCUACUUUCACAGCCUCUGUCAAGGCGGCGGGCGGCGCAGGAUGCCUCGUCUGGUCAUUGCGGCCUCAUUCCGUGCAGGGCGGCUUCAAGACUCACGGCGAGGGCGAUGGCAUCUUUUCCUACCAUGUGCCCGGCUGGGCACCUCGCGCAGACGAGUUCGAUCCACGCGAGGCUGCGAUCGUACACACAAUACGUCAGGCCUCUUACGAGCUUAACAGAGAGCGCGUGCCGCCUCAUCCCACUCCGCCACCGCCUGACAAGGUUUGGUUGAUCGACAACGGAGCAGCGAUGACCUGGCUAGGAUCUGCCUGGGCUGCGAGCUACGAAAUCUGGGUAGCGGGAGAGCACGGACAGCAGGAGUGGACGCUCUGUCAAGCAGGGCACCUCAUCAAUGUUCAGGCCGGCAAACACUCGUACCCGAUUCCUCAGCAUCUGCAGCGAGCGAAAGAAGUCGCGUUUCUGGUUCGAGGCAUUGGUGUCGAUGGCCACAUAGGGGCUUGGUCGACUCCCUGCAUUGCCGACCCCACUGCUGCUUGA